ACACUUGUAAGAGUGCCCACCUACUCGGUUGGUGAUGUCCAGUAUCAGAUUACAACGUGACUAUUAACGUUAUUGCAUUAAAUGACUCCUGCUUACAACAGUACAAGAGAUCCAGAUGGAAUAAUAGUUUUAAAGGAAUCAGACAAAUUGAGAUGUCACACAUCAUCUUUCCAAAACAGACUUCGUUCCAAGUCAGAAUCAAGUUCAUUUUUCGUCCAGGGCUCUCUCACAACACAGGUCACAAAUGGCGAAUUGGGCAGGUCGAGGGAGCGCCUCCUCCGAACUCAACGGAGCCGGCCGCAACCGUCAAUUAUAUGCAAGUUUACCAGACAGCAAAUUCUCGCCCUUCUGACCUUAACGUUGGCUGAAUUCAUCAGCUUUGCCUCGAUGUCUGUGAUGGCACCAUUUUUUCCGAGAGAAGCUGCUGAGAAAGGCAUGUCAACUUCUGUCUCCGGUUUUGUAUUCAGUUUUUAUGCAUUUGUGGUUUUUGCAACAUCACCAGUUUUUGGUAAAAUUUUGCCAGCAGUAGGUGCAAAAUUUUUAUUCAUGGCCGGAAUGUUUCUUGCUGGAGGUUGUAACAUACUUUUUGGAGUAUUACCGUUAAUGGAAAACUAUGCAACAUUCGUUUUUUAUUGCUUUACUAUAAGGACGUUAGAAGCUAUUGGUGCUAGUGCUUACUCGACUGCAAGCUUUGUUUUUGUUGUCGAAAUAUUUCCAGAAAAUAUAAGCGCAGUACUAGGUGUCUUAGAAACAGCUAUGGGUUUGGGAAUGAGUGCGGGUCCAGCUAUUGGAGGAAUGUUGUUUGCUAUUGGAGGAUUUGGCCUCCCAUUUUAUGUAUUGGGUGCUUUGAUGAUAGUUUUGAUUCCAUGUACAUGGGCUUUGCUUCCUCUUAUAGAAGGAUCUGCAAAAGGAUCUGAGCAUGCUUCGUUUUCCAAACUUUUUAAAAUACCAUCAGUAAUUAUUAUAGGAAGCAUAAUCAUAGUUGCUUCGAACACGUGGUCAUUUUUAGAUCCCACACUUGAACCUCACUUAAGUCUGAUGAACUUGAGCAGUUACCAUGUUGGUUUGAUAUUUUUAUUGUUUGCCUCGCUUUAUGGAAUAUUCAGUCCGAUCUGGGGUUGGGUGGCAGAUAAAAUGGACAAUCACUGGAGUAUGAUGGUAAUUGGCUUGAUAUUAUCAUCAAUCGGCCUUCUAAUGCUUGGACCGUCUCCACUUUUAGAAAUGGAAAUGUCGCUUUGGUUGGAUAUUUUUGGAUUGUGUUUAAUUGGAAUUUCAGUUGCUUUAACUUUGAUGCCGACUUUUAAAGCUAUAUUGAAAUGUGCUGAGGAGAAUGGCUUAAGAAAAGAAUUGUCUACGUACAGCAUCGUUGCUGGAGCAUGGUCAUGCAUGUAUUCACUUGGUGAUAUGACAGGUCCAGCAUUGGGAGGAGUAAUUUCUGAAUAUUUUGGUUUCCCGACUUGCACAACUGCAAUGGCUGCUCUUUCUCUAUUUACGGCGUUGGUGGCCACCCUGUAUUUCACCUCUAGGUGUACUCAUCCGGCUGAUGAUUACGAAGACGAAUAUGAGUAUGAAGAUACGCAGAUUCCACUGCUCAGUGAUAAAGAAGGUUGUUAUGGAUGCAUAGGACAAACAUCAAAUGCUUAAUUAAGCAUUCUUAAAUAUAUUUUGUUAGAAAAAUGAACAAUUUAUUGAUGUAUACAAACAAUAAGAGAUUGUAACAAAACAUUUUUUUAUAAUACAUUUAGCUUUUAUUUCCUCUU